GGCAGAUCAAGCUCUCCAUUGUAAGAUGGCGCAUUGAAGUGAAAUGCAACGCAAAGUUGUGCUGUGUACUGCCAAGAAGAGCGCUUUGCAAACUCUUCCGUUUCUGGAUUCCAAACAUCUUCAAAACAAUAACACGGUGGCCGCGAGUGAUAGUAGGUGUUUUCGGAAGUUAUUUGUGAUAAAUUCGGUAGGAUUUUGCAGUUUUUCUUUCGAGACGAAUUGAAGGAAAGAUUUUUCCUUACUACGUUGCCUAGACGAAAGGUCAUCCAAAAUGGCGUCAGUUCGGAAGCGGUGAAAAUUUUUCGCAACAUGAAAAAAUUAAUUUUCGGUUACUUAUUAGAAAGUUUUUGCAUGGAUUUUUUAAUUUUCCGAUAAUUUGGAUCAAAUGUGAUUUUUUGAACGUGUAUCCCUGUCAGUGGAGGUGACUUUACCUAGCAAUUAUAAGGAAAAACUGCCUAAAAAUCGUCAUGAGUAAGGUAACCGAGGAGUCUGAAAAUGUUUCAAAUAACUUGCCCGGAUUAAAGGAGACUUCACAUGUAUUUGAGCGCCGAAAUUAUGGCAAGCUACAGCUGAAGGCCUCCUUGGUCACAGCAUGUCGUUGGGAAGGUGAUAGCCUGUCGAAAGAGGAAAAAAGUGACUCGGAGAACGAAUCUGGUAACGACAGUCACAGCGAGUCCGGAUCGUCCGAUUCGGACAGUGACAACGGUUCUGAGUCGUCCAGUGCUAGUUCGAGUGAUAACGAACAAAAUAGCAGCAAUAACACUUCACACAAUGACGUCGCCCAUAAUAGCGUGCGGCCCGAAGCGAAUGGCAACGCCUCGGAGGUGGAGGAGGAGGAGGAGGAGAGCAACUCGAACGCUGUUCACAACGAGAGCAAAACCGGUGAUGAAGAUGAGUCUGACAACGAUGCGUCUGGAGCCACAGAAGAUCAGAGUGGUUUGGAGCAGAACAGUAGUCCGGUGAAAGAUGUCAAAUCAGCAGCGGGUAGCGACCAUCCGAGCGAGUCCGGUUCUGAAGACAGUGGCGAAGAGCAGCACAACAGUGACUCGGAGGAUAGCGGGAAGCCGAGCAAUGCCAGCCAGAGUCAGGAAGAGGAGGAGGAAGAACAGGACGGAAGUCAAAAUUCAGACGACGAGGAAGACCAGAACGAGCUAUCGUCAAAAAGUAGUUACGAUGAUGAAGAUUAUGCGGCGAACAACCGGCGAAAUAACGCUCGUAAGAAAGCCGCGAAUGCCCAGGCUAAGCGCAAAGCCACCGCUGCAGCACCCCCCAAGAAGAAAAAGAAAAGCAGCCGGUGGAAAUCGGACACCUCGGAGGAUAGUGAUGUCAGUGAACAGGACAGUUCCGACAAUGGCACCGGUAGUUACGGCGUACGCCGGGCUGCAGCUGCGGCGAAAAAACGACCCGCACCGGUGGCAAAGCCAAAGGCAAAGAAAAAGAAGCGAGCUGCUGCGUAUUCUUCGGAUGACGGCAGCGAAAGUGGAGAGGACCAUUCGAGACAAGGACGAAAUCGGAACAAAACAGCUGUCAGCUAUAAGGAGGAAAGCGGCGAGGAGCAAACUGAUAGCGAAGAUUUGCUGGAGAUCGAUGCGGAACAGGCGGAAGCUGCCGCUGCUGCUGCGGCCGAAGAUGAGAAGACUGAAACAAUCGAACGAAUAAUAGGGCAGCGGAUAGGGAAGAAAAGUGCAACCGGAGCGGCCACAACCUGCUACUCCAUAGAAGAAAGUGGUGAUCCUAACGAAGGUGUCGACGAAAAGGAUAGUGAAAAUACGGAGCUACAGUAUUUAAUCAAAUGGACCGGUUGGUCUUAUUUGCACUGUACUUGGGAGUCUGAGGAAACAUUGAAGGAUCAAAGAGUGAAAGGAAUGAAGAAGUUGGAAAAUUAUAUCAAACGAGAAAAGGACAUCGAAUAUUGGCGCGAACACCAAGCUGGACCGGAGGAUAUAGAUUAUUAUGAAUGUCAGCAGGAACUGCAACAGGAUUUGCUGAAAAGUUACUACAAUGUGGAACGUGUGAUAGCACAGGUCGAGAAACCUGAAGGCGGUACGGAUUAUCUGUGCAAAUGGGAGUCUCUGCCAUAUGCGGAUUCCACGUGGGAAGAUGCUAGCCUGAUCGCUAAAAAGUGGAAUAAAAAACUUGAAGAAUUCCACGAACGAGAGAAUAGCAGGCGAACCCCUUCCAAGCACUGUAAGGUAAUAAAAUAUCGACCAAAAUUUCACCACUUGAAAUGCCAACCAGAGUACCUAGGAGAAGAUCGUGGUUUGAAGCUGCGGGAUUAUCAGAUGGACGGACUGAACUGGUUGAUUCUUACCUGGUGCAAGGAAAAUUCUGUUAUUCUAGCGGAUGAAAUGGGGUUGGGUAAAACAAUUCAAACCAUUUGUUUCCUGUACUAUCUGUACACGGCCCAGCAGUGUUACGGACCAUUCCUAUGCGUUGUACCGCUUAGUACGAUGACUGCAUGGCAGCGUGAAUUUGCCAUUUGGGCUCCGGAUAUGAAUGUAGUCACCUACCUCGGCGACGUCCCCUCUAGAGAAAUCAUCCGACAGUAUGAAUGGUGCUUUGAAAGCAACAAAAAACUCAAAUUCAAUGCCAUUCUCACCACCUACGAGAUUCUGCUGAAAGACAAAACUUUCCUAGGGAGUAUCAACUGGGCAGCGUUGCUGGUUGAUGAAGCUCAUCGGUUGAAAAACGACGAUUCCUUGCUGUACAAAGCGUUGGAAGAGUUCGACACUAACUAUCGAUUGUUGAUCACCGGAACUCCGUUGCAGAACUCACUGAAAGAAUUGUGGGCGCUUCUGCACUUCAUUAUGCCCAACAAGUUUGAUUCCUGGGAAGCUUUCGAGCGUAAUUAUGGUAAUACCACCAAUGAUAAAUCGUACACAAAGCUUCACAAGGAACUGGAACCGUACAUCCUAAGGCGAGUGAAAAAGGAUGUGGAGAAAAGUCUUCCGGCAAAAGUGGAGCAGAUACUUCGGGUCGAAAUGACGUCGGUGCAGCGACAGUAUUAUCGAUGGAUACUGACGAAGAAUUUCGAUGCCCUGCGGAAGGGGAUGAAGGGCUCUAUUAAUACAUUCCUGAACAUUGUGAUUGAGUUGAAAAAGUGCUGCAACCAUGCUCUUUUGACGAGACCCACAGAAUUUGAAACGCAAACGGCAGCUAGUCAAGAUGAUGUGGUUGUACAACUGCUGAAAGGUUCUGGUAAGCUAGUUUUGUUGGAUAAACUGCUGUGUCGUUUGAAGGAAACCGGUCAUCGUGUGUUAAUUUUCUCACAAAUGGUACGAAUGUUGGACAUUUUGGCGGAAUAUUUGCAGAAGCGACACUUUUCAUUCCAACGUUUGGAUGGCAGCAUCAAGGGAGAGAUUAGAAAGCAAGCGCUGGAUCAUUUCAAUGCCGAAGGUUCGACUGAUUUCUGCUUCCUGCUUUCGACACGUGCCGGUGGUUUGGGUAUCAACUUGGCCACCGCAGACACGGUAAUCAUUUUCGAUUCGGAUUGGAAUCCACAGAAUGAUUUACAAGCGCAAGCUCGAGCACAUCGUAUCGGGCAAAAAAAUCAGGUCAAUAUCUAUCGGUUGGUAACAGCCCGAUCCGUAGAAGAGGAUAUUGUCGAACGGGCCAAAAAGAAGAUGGUGCUGGAUCACUUGGUAAUACAGCGAAUGGACACAACGGGUCGGACGGUGCUAGAUAAAAAUGGCGCCAACAACACGACUAAUCCUUUCAAUAAGGAUGAACUUUCUGCAAUUUUGAAAUUUGGCGCAGAAGAACUGUUCAAAGAGGACGAAGACGGAGACGAUGAACUGGUAUGUGAUAUUGAUGAGAUUCUCAAGCGGGCUGAAACGAGAGACGAAGCACCCGGAAUGCCUGGUGAUGAGUUGUUGUCGGCAUUCAACGUGACUACGUUUGACUUCGAUGAAGAAAAGGAAACUUCGGCGAUUAGGAAACCUGUGAAGCCACCGAACGAAGCGGACCAGGAUUGUGAUACAAAGGAUUGGGAUGAAAUCAUUCCUCAAAACUACCGCGAACGGAUAGAGGCAGAAGAGCGAAACAAGGAAUUGAAUGAUUUGUAUCUUCCACCUAGACGAAAAACUUUGCAGCAACUGAACCAAGCAAAUGAAGAAGGUGGUGGCAAGAAACGCAAGAAACGACAGACUGAAGAUGAGAGUGGCGACGAUUCAGAUGCCAGUGAGGAAGGUAAAUCUAGUAAAAAAGCAGGCGGACGAGGAAGACCUUCCAAUAAAGAGAAGAUUACGGGUUUCACCGAUACCGAACUGAGGAGAUUUAUAAAGAGCUAUAAAAAAUUCCCGGCUCCGUUGAAGCGAUUGGAAGCAAUUGCUAUGGAUUCUGAACUGCAGGAAAAACCACUGUCGGAUUUGAAACGGGUUGGCGAACUUCUCCAGGAACGGUGUGUGCAAUUUAUGGAACAUUCGAAAGAAAACGAAGAAAAAGAAAAGAAUUCAGCGGAAGAAAAAGUCAAACGAGGCCCCCGAGCUGCAUUUUCUAUUCGUUUUGGGGGCGUAUCUUUCAACGUCAAAACCUUGUUACAGUGCGUGGAAGAACUUCAACCACUGGAUGAUGUGCUGCCUGCAAACCCAGAGGAACGUUCGCGUUGGCAACUCGGCAUUAAAACCCGACCAGCAAACUUCGAUGUUGACUGGACCACCGAGGACGAUUCUCGAUUGUUACGAGGAAUUUAUCAGUUUGGUAUAGGCUCGUGGGAGGCAAUGAAAAUGGAAGAUUCGUUAAGUCUCAGCGACAAAAUUUUGUCUAACGAUACGGAGAAAAAGCCUCAGGCGAAACACCUUCAAUCUCGUGCGGAAUAUCUGCUGAAGAUCAUUCGAAAGAAUCUCGAGCUGAAAAAAGGUGUAGGCAAGAAACCUCGAAGGCAGCGGAAACCACGUUGCGAGAAUAAAGUGAUCUCAGCCGAAACCGUCCAAUCACCUUUAUCGGUUAACGAAUUCGACGCAAAUGAGGGUUCGUCAGCGGAGGACAAAAAGAUUUCCGUUCCAGCUAAAAUCAAGAAACUUUCCGAAUCGGAUUCGCAUCAUCACGACCACGAAACAAAUUCCAACGGUCCAAAAGAUGAUCAUAAAGAGCAACCCAAAGGAAAGAAGGAGCGUAAAAAACGAGAAAAAGCGAAAGAUACCAAGAAGGACAAGAAAAAGAACACGGGUCCAAUGCAUUUUACCGCCAACAACGAGCCGUGUGCGUUGAACAUCAUCGGAGAUCUGGAUCCAAGCGUGUUCAAUGAGUGCAAAGAAAAAAUGAGACCAGUGAAAAAGGCCCUCAAAACAUUGGACAAUCCAGAUCAGACACUGCCUCCACAGGAACAGGUAAACCAGACGCGAGCGUGUCUUCUUAGCAUCGGCAAUCAGAUAAAUCAGUGUCUGUCGGUGUAUAAAGAUCCGGAAAAGAUCAAAGAAUGGCGAAGUAAUUUGUGGUAUUUCGUUUCUAAAUUCACCGAGUUCGACGCCAAAAAGCUUUUCAAACUGUACAAACACGCUCUGAAACGAAGUGAAGGCGAUGAAAGUGUAGAAGGAAGUAGUGGGGACAAAAAGAAAGAUCAUCACCACCACCAUCACCAUCACCAUCAUCAUCACCAUCACGCGAAGGAUGGCACUGGUUCGUCUCAAAAUUCUCCCGUGAAAGAAGCCAAAGAGAAAGCCGAAAAAGUCACGAAAAAACUUCCCGGAACCCCGCAAGCCUUGCAAACGUUGGGUAAAAUUAAGAAAAUCAACAAAAAAGAUAACGGGCGCAAUCGACAAACAACACCGGUCAAUACGACACCGCUGGCUGAACAAGUUAAGGAAAAACCCGGUAGUGAACGCCGCGAACGUAAGGAUAAAAAACGACAGCUCGGUGCUACGGGAACACCCGACCGGGGUGGUACAGGUCCGGUAGAUGUAGACACGCCCCACCGGAAAGAACGCGACCGGUACCUUGGGCAGGAUGGCUACAGUAAUAGUGAAACGAAAGAUGAUGGAUCACAUUCCAAGCGAAAGCUUGAGGAAGGAGAGUUGGAUGAGAACAGCAAAGAGUACAAGCGUCUGCAUGGGGAUGGAAGACACACUAGAGACCGUGACAAUAAAUGGGAUGACUUUUCGGAUCGGGGAGGCAUGCGAGGUGGUUUGCCUCGGGGUGGUGCACCGGGUACACCGCAGAGUAUGCGCGGUGGAAUGUAUACCGAUGGAGGAGGACGAGUUGCACCGUACCCAGAAGAUCGAUGGAGUGGUCGUGAUAGAUUUAGUGACCAUAAACGAGAUCGAUUUGAAGGUUAUAAUCGACACCCGCCAUCAAACUAUCACCGAGAUCAUCGAGAUCGUGAUCGCGGUGAUCGCCCGUAUAAGGAUAAACGAAGGUAUGCGCCACCACCAGGAGGCUAUACCAACAAUCAUUAUGGAAUGCCACCAGGCAGCUACUACCCACCGGGAGAAAGCCCGUACCGAUACGCGAGCGGCUACGAUCGUGGUGGGGGCCCAUCAGGGGUUGGGCCUGGCGGCGCAGAUUACAUGGACUAUCGGUCUGGAGGUGGAGGCCGAGGUGAUUAUGAUCGUAGGCCGCCACCACCGGCAAACUCAUAACUAGCUUAGCCCGCGCGGAACUCAGAGAAACUCUGUGUGUAUGAUAUAGAAUAAUUUAACAUCUCUGACUAUUACGCAUAAGGUUCGCGCUAUAUAACUUGUAUAUAGUAUGCAUUCUUCAAAAGUUCUGCUAACUGUAAAAGCAAAACUCGUAGAGCUCGUGAAAGUAGUUUUUUACAAAAGAAAUAUUUUAAAAUUGUUAUAAUUUAUUAAGUCUCCAACAUUUGUCGCAAGAUGCUCAUUAUCAUAAAUAUUAGGUCAGUUUAUUGUUCACUCGCCUCGUGGAAUAAACCAGAAUCUAAAAACCAUAAUGUUUUGUACACAUACAUGAUGAAUACCUCAUUGUCUCGUCCUCGUUUUGUUUUUUGUUCAACGGAAUAAUCCUGAUUAGGGAAGAUGCUGUGAACAUCGAUAUCAAUCUUCAGUCGAACAAUUGCUGAAAUUUGCGGUAUUGUGCGGUCCGCAUUAGGGACUAUCAAAAGUUUUCUUAAAUUAUUUUAAAUAAAACAGCGGGCAACAGUGUGGACGAGUGCGAAAGACUGGAAGACUAGAGAAAGUCAGUUCUAUACAUACUUUAAUUUAUAUAAACCAAGCGUCGGUAAAGUCUAUUUCUAUUUAUAGUAAGAAAAACAAACACAAAUAAUUGUCUCAUAUGAUUAGCAAUUUCACAUCUUGCGAUAGUCUACGUAUCAUUUACAUAGUUCUGUUCGGAUCGCUGUGAAAAAUAGUUCAUAAUAGUAUGUGAGGAAACGAGCUGCUGUAUGGAACGAAUGGAUGUGAUUUCGGGAGAAAAAGGAACUUUCUCAAUACGAAUAAGCUGUAAUAAUAGGUUGACCGAAAAGAGAAAAAUGAUUGGUUAAAAUAUAACCAGUAAUAAAAUCUACAAUAAUCAUA